AUGGUGACUGAAGUUGUGAUGGCUUCUGGGUUCAGUGCAGACGGCCUAGGUUCAAUGUAUCUCAAAGUGAAGUUAUGCUGGAACGUUGUAAUCCCCCCCAAAAGCCUCCAGAUAGAUGGAGUGAAGUUCCAAACGGAAUUGUCUCGCCGCUUGCUGAAUGCUUUUUCUGAAGAAAGGGCAACAAAAGAUCUGGGAUACCUUCUGGCGGUGACGACUGUGGAGAGCAUAGGAGAUGGAAAAGUGAGGCCGGGCACCGGUGAAGUUAAGUAUCCCGUUGUUUUCAACUGCAUCACCUUCAAGCUUUUCCCCGGAGAGAUCAUACAUGCGGUUGUUUGCAAGGUAAUGUGGCACGGAGUUUGUCUUAGAUGCGGUCCUGUCGAAAAUCUGUUUCUCUCUGCUAACAGGAUACCAGAUUAUCAAUAUAUCCCAAGAGAUGAUGAUUCUAUGUUCUUAAACCCUGCGAAGUCGCAGUCUAGGAUUCGGAAAGAUGUUACAAUUCGUUGCAUUGUCAUUGCGACACGAUGGAGCGACGCAGAUAGGGAAUUCCGCGUGUUGGUUGAUUUGCCGGAUAUUUGAGACCACUUAAUAAAGUUAGUGAUGGUUGGUUAUUGUCUUCGAGUAGCUCAU